AUGGACUCGUCGGCGACAUCAUCCGCAUCCGCGGCCCCCAACAUCACACCGUCCAAGGAGCAGCGCCCGGCCCCGCGCAAGAAACGAUGGGCCCCGAGAGUGAGAACCGGAUGCUGGACAUGCCGAUCUCGCCACGUAAAAUGUGACGAGGCCCGGCCCAUUUGCAUGCGCUGUCAAAAAACCCAGCGAAAAUGCGCCGGCUACCUCGAUCCAAUAGGUCCCUCGCUACAGCUCAGUACGGCGCCCGCGGGUUGCUGCCCCGAGGGGUUGCGUCUCAACAGCUACUUCCUGCAUCACCUGGUUCGCUCCGCGGCCGACGAGUUCGACUGCGACUACUGGCGCUACUACAUGCCCCGAUUCACGCAGACCGUGCCCGCGAUAUGGCACGCGACCAAUGCGCUCUCUGCCCUGAUGUGGGCAGGCAACGGCGACCCGGCAGCAGCCGGCGCCGACUGCGCCAAACUGCACAAGCUCGCCGUCGUGCAACACUCGGCAGCCAUGAACGACGUUUUGCGACUGACGAGGAAAAAUACCCUGUCUGUCGCUGACAAGGCCGUCAUUGUCGUGGCCAACUUUUUCUUCUGCGCCAUUGCCGGCCAUCCAGGCAACAUUGAGACCUUCAUGGCCAUGCACGGCAAAACUGUCCGGCUCAUUCGUCAUUGGAGGUUUUGGGAGCUUGUCGACUCUUCCGCUGAAGCAAUGCAUCUAUUUCAUCUGUUCAUCAAGUCGGUCAGGAUCCGUGAAGAAUCCUUGCUGCUGACUUGCCAGACGCCCGGCGAGGGCUGGGAAGACGCCGUCGUCUUCCUUCAAAAACGGCCACUUGGCUCGGUCAUAAAGGCGUACAUAGAGCUCGAAAUGCUGUGGAUUAGUUUAUAUGCCGUCUUGGAUGGAUUCUUUGUCCGAUCUAGCGCAACCAUGUUAGACGUAGAGGCGACGAAUACGCGACGCGCCGAGCUACAACCGCUGUUCCUGAUUUGGGAACGACGGUAUCAGGCUUUCCUAUUUUGCACCCCCAAUAUUCACCCCGUGGGUGCUGCUGCGCUGAGUGUGCGGUACAUUCUCACCCGGAUUUGUUUCGAGAUGCAUCUUCAGCCAUUCGAGCAUGUAGCCGAAGAGACAUGCUGGGACCCGUUUGAAGAAGAGUUCACCUUGGCUUGGCGCAUAAUCGAGGAGACUCUGACCGCUCCAGCAAGCUUCACCAAAUCCUCGCCAGCUCGGUUCAGACCUUCCCUGCGCACGUCGCUUCAAUUCAUUGCUCGGUAUUGUCGGAAGCACAGUCUUCGUCAUGCUGCGGCUGCCCUGCUCCGCUCGGAACUGCCCAAUGGACAAUCGGGAAAGCCUCCAACCACACCUCUUCUUGUUGAAAGCAUCAUCACAUUAGAGGAAAGCGAAUCGAAAACUUGUGGUCAAGUUCCAAGAUGCCAGCCGGGAGAGUUUAUCUGCAAUUGGCACCGUGUGGCCAAAGUACAUGCAAUAUCGUUGGAGGAGUCAGAGUGUCACGAGUUCCAGUGUCUAACAGUUGGGGACAUUAUGGAUGGCAGGCCGGGGACCACAGUCCGUUCUACAGCAAUACUUUGGGCUUAA